UUUUGACAGAUUGGUCAAUUUUUUGAUAAUUUGUUUUACUUACUAAAUUGCGUGUUUGGAAUCCAAACUCUUGAUUGAACGUUCGAUAAAUAUAUCUAUUUUGUAUAUUAAUAAGCCUUUGUACCAGGCACGUAAGAGCGACAUCGAUAAAACUUUAGAUUCAACUAACAAAAAUUGUUUGACGAAACCGAUGGCAGAGAGCAAAACCGCGAUGGCUAGCGACUCAGAGACAUACGCUACCGUCACCAAUGACCCAAAGAACGUCCAAGAAUUAACAAUAUAUGUUCAAGGGCUUCUACAAAAUAUCCAAGACAAAUUCCAAAAUAUGUCUGAUCAAAUUUUAACAAGAAUAGACGAAAUGGGCAAUAGAAUUGAUGAUUUAGAGAAGAAUAUUGGGGAUUUAAUGACACAGGCAGGAGUCGAAGGUAGCAUUCAGGAAAAAUGACUUCACAAAAGAAGUCACCCAUCUCAGUCAUGAUAGUCCUUUAACUUA